UUUUUUUUUUUUUUUUUUGUGGUUUGAAAAAUAUCAUACACCUUUUAUAAGAUUUCAAAAAUAUCAACUUUUUGAGGUUUGUCAAAAAGAUACAAACCUUUCCUCAAAAGAACUAUUUUUUUUUGGGGUAAAAUAUAAGAGGUGAUUUGUGUCUUUUUCGUAAAUUUUAAGGGGUCCAUGAAAUUCAUGAAAUCCCAUGUCUUAAGAAUUUUUAAAACCUUAAGGCGGGUCUUUGUCAAAUCUCCUGCUUUUUGUCUUUUAUUUUAUAUGUUUUUUUUUUUUCAAAUUUUCUUUUCUAUUCCAUUCACAAACCGAACAUGUUAUUAAUAGUAAAUGUUGUUCUUAAUAAUAAUAGCAGGAAUGUAGGAAAUUUUGGGACCUUUAGGCAGUUAAAAAUUAAGAAAAUAAAACUUAGAAAUAAAAAAUUUUAAAAUUAAAAGUAGAAAUUUUAAAUAAAAAAUAUUAGUAACUUAUUUCAUUAGUAUUUUUUAAAUUAAAAUAAUCCAAAACAUAACUAAUUUAAGCUCAUUAUUGUCCUUGAAAUGAAUUACAAUUGCAAAAAAUAUAAAAAUAAUAAAUAUGUAAAAGAAUAUAGAAUAUAAAAUAGUGUAGUAAAAAUAUAAAUGGAUUUAACUCUUUAUUUUAUUGUUAUAUUGUUAAAUUCGCUUUUUAGUGCUCCAAGUGUAGUUUUAUUGUAUAUGAAAAUUGAAAAUGGUAAAAAUAAUUUUUGGAAUUGUUUUUUUUUUUAUUUAAAAAAUUAGAAUUUUUAUGGACAUUUUUAUUUAUUUGAAUUAUAAAUUCACAUGGUAUUUUAUUUCAAUUGUAAUUAAAUAAUUUAUAUAAAAUGAUUGAUUUAAUUUUAGAUAUUAAAAUAUUUUAAUAAAAAUUCAUACAAAGCAAGUAAUUUAUUCGAAAAACUUAAUUUUAAAUAUUAAAAUAGUAUGACGAUAAGAUGGCACAACAAUAAAAAUUUCUUAAAAUCAAAAUAAAUCCUAAUUUGAAAUUUUUUGCUUGAAUCCCUGACCAACGAUAAUAUUUCAAUUCAAUAAAAUGCUUAUUGAGAUGAAUGAAUUUGUUUUUCGUUGUCAAUGUAACAGACUAAAAUUAUAAGAGCUGAGUGUAACUAUACAUACCCUUUUAUAAGUCCAAACUAAGAUCAUGCUACUACGCAAUCCAAUUUAUUAUGUAUGAAGGCGGAGUGCAAUAUAAAGUUUAUCUUAUCUUUGUGCUUCCUUCCCUCAUCCAAGCGAAGACCCUCUUCCGUCCGCUUAGCUAUAGCGGAAACCAAAACCAGGAGGAAAUUUAAGUUCGAGAGUGAUCGACGGAGAAUGCGUAGAACCUUUCAUCUCUGAGAAGAAGAUUGAAGCUUGGAAAUUGAGGGCGGCCAACAUGUCGUGCAUCUGCAACUGCUCAGUCUCUUCUUUCGCCUCUCUCCCGAAUACGUCAAAAUUCUCCUAUCUCUGCAACUCAAAGCCGCCUAGAAUCCGCUGUUCCCUUGGAGGAACUGUGGCUGAACCCAAGGCUGUCUCUGCAACCGAACCCCUAUUGCUUAAUGCUGUUCGAGGGGAUGCCGUUGAAAGGCCCCCUGUCUGGCUUAUGAGGCAGGCAGGGAGGUAUAUGAAGAGUUAUCAAGUCAUCUGCGAGAAGUAUCCAUCUUUUCGUGAAAGAUCAGAAAAUGUUGAUCUUGUAGUGGAAAUUUCUCUACAGCCGUGGAAGGUUUUUAGGCCUGAUGGGGUCAUUUUAUUUUCAGACAUACUUACCCCUCUCUCUGGAAUGAAUAUACCUUUUGACAUUAUAAAAGGUAGAGGUCCUGUCAUAUUUAAUCCUUUGAGAACAGCAGCUGAUGUUGAUCAAGUGAGAGAAUUCAAUCCUGAGGAUUUUGUCCCAUACGUUGGGGAAGCAUUGACAAUCUUGAGACAAGAGGUAGAUAAUGAAGCAGCUGUUUUGGGUUUUGUUGGGGCUCCUUUCACCCUAGCAUCAUAUGUCGUGGAAGGUGGUUCAUCAAAGCACUUCACCAAAAUCAAGAAAUUAGCCUUCUCUCAGCCAAAGGUCCUCCAUGCACUUCUUAAAAAAUUUACGGCCUCCAUGGCAAAGUACAUUCAGUACCAAGCUGAUUGUGGGGCUCAGGCUGUUCAGAUCUUUGAUUCAUGGGCAACUGAGCUUAGCCCUGUCGAUUUUGAGCAGUUCAGCCUGCCUUACUUGAAGCAGAUUGUGGAUUCUGUGAAAAAAACCCAUCCAAGUCUUCCUCUAAUCCUCUAUGCAAGUGGGUCAGGAGGGUUGCUUGAGAGGCUGCCCCUGACAGGUGUUGAUGUAGUUAGCUUGGAUUGGACCGUCGAUAUGGCUGAAGGUAGGAGGCGAUUGGGACCAGACGUGGCGGUUCAGGGCAAUGUGGAUCCUGGCGUUCUUUUUGGCUCGAAAGAAUUCAUCACUGAUCGGAUAAAUGAUACCGUGAGGAAAGCGGGUAAAGGGAAACAUAUUUUGAAUCUUGGGCAUGGCAUUGUUGUAGGUACACCGGAGGAGAAUGUUGCUCAUUUCUUUGAGGUUGCAAAGGGAAUCAGCAAGGCGGGUGCCUGGUGGUUUCCCCACCAUAUUUAUUAUAAGAGAGGAGUCAGUUUUUGCUCAAUAUAUGGGGUUUCAAACUUAAGCACAGCCCAUGUGAUUUUUGAAUUGGUUUGGCGAAUUGGAGGGGUUUUCUUCUUCCUGCUCUAUAUAUAUACAAAAACCAUUGGUAACUUGGGAUAUGUUAUUUAUUAUGGAAUCUUGGGAUCUCAUUGCAAGUAGUGUGACAUCUUAUUUAAGUGAGUGGUCCCUUAACAUUAUUAGUUUAAUAGAUUUUGAAAAAUCAUGUCACACAAGCAUUACUUGAUUAGUUGUACUCCUGAUAUUAAGUGGCAUUUGCUAGUAGCAUGGUGGGGUAUCUCAUGGUGAACAAGAUCUAUUAUACUAAAUGUUUUAUGCACAAUAAUUUAUUUGAUUUAA